GGUAGUGGCUAUCCGGACCGCGAGCGUGAGACAGAGAGGCCUUCCCGUGGCCCUAGAAAGCUUCCCGCGGAUACACCUCAACGGUGACGACUCGAUAACAAACGUUAGGCUGAUAAACGCGUGUGCCGUGUAGCGUUCGUUUCAGCAAAAGUGCGCGCAAUGAAUCUGAUUACGCGUGUCGGUGGUGUUUGUGGGGCUGUACGUGUGCCUGGCUGUUGUGACAAGAUCGCAUCAUUGGGAACGGGCGCAAGUCGACGACGAGGCGCUGCACAGAGUGAUAAGUGAUAAACCACCCACUUCGCACCAUGCUCGCACCGCCACUCCGGGUUUGCGAUAACAUAUGGUAGCGAAAAAUCAGUCUUUCCGCGGCCGUGACGGUUAGAGUGUGUGAAGCACAACGGUGCCGCGGUUGGUACCGAAGCCGAAACCAAGGUCAGCAAAACAUUUUGCAGCUGAUUGUUUAGGAAAUUUCUAAUUUACCACAAAACACAUACUCCCCCACCUCCUUCUUCAUCUUCAUCGAAGAAAACUGCCUCGCCGUCGAUAUAGGCGCACGUUCUGGUCAGCACGUGAAAAGAGCGCCUCUAGAAGAUAUCCAAUAGUAGCAGCAGCAGCAGCAGCAGCAGCAGCAGGCAACAGUAGGGCAGCAACGUGUAGCGAAAGUGGAAAAACAAACGCCCAAACGGCACCCCACCCCCCGGGGGCAGCGCGAGUGUUUGUGCUCAAGUAGAAACAGCAGAAGCAACGGAAUUUGCGUGACCAACAACGACGACUGUUGGCGAGUGUAUUGCGUGUAUUUGUGCGUUCGGUGGUGUGUGCCAAUUUCACCCCCUAUUUCACCCCCCUUUUAAACCCCCUCUCGAUUGUGUGCCUGUGCUUAUAAUUGUGCAGUGUUCCGUGUGUGUCUGUGCGCCGCGUGGAUGCAAAGUGCGGCGGCGUUGUUGUGGCGUUUGUGAUGUGCGCAUGAUGAUGAAGCAGCGUGAGCCUCCGAUCGGAAGUGGGCCAUACCCGGUGGGCCUGGGGAUGGUAGCGGGUGCCGGCAUGCUAUUUUAAAUGCACUGGCCCGCAACAACGACGACGAAGGCGGCGGCCGCGAAACACGGCCAGCUAGUGCAUCGGCGGCAGCACUGGGCGCAGCAGCGACGGGGCGCUAGUGUGAUGGCUAGUGAUGGCUGCGAUGAGCGCAUCCGUAAUCAAAAGCACGAUCUUCUCCACCACGCGGGCAAGCAACAAUAGUGGCGCACGAAUAGUGAACCGCGUCAGCACACAUACACGACGGCAACUGUCUACUAGUUCGUGUUUACUGUGAAGAAGCCCCCUGCACUCCCUCCACAACGAAUUGUGCGUGCUUGUUUUGGUCCGGUGUUUUGUUUUUUUCGCGUUUUUCCUUCCAUUUUCAUUUCGUUUUCGUCGUUGUUGGUUUGGUUUGGUUCCGUGCGCCUCCAAAUGCCUACUGGUGGAAUCCGUUCGUAAGAACGCUAAAGUGUCAAAGAGAGUGUGCGAUUUGCAUUGGAUAGAGGCCACACCAGGGGUUGCCACCGGAGACCGUAGUACACAAAAGCAGUAGCAGUGGAGCGUCGAAAUAGCGCAGCGCGGAAAGCGGACAACAUUGUAUCAGAUGAAUCGCUAGGCAGCCAGGUCGCAUAUCGUCGAUCCUUCUCGAUCAUGGAUCAUCAUGGACUGUAUGCGGACAUCUCGAACAGUUUCCCGAGCCCCGGUGGUCUGCCGAGUACGAGCGUGAAGUACCAGCUUCACAAUCCACCGCAGAUCCCACCACAACCCCCACCGCCCACACUGGGAGGGGGACCACCCGCAGCCACCCGCCACCAGUUCCCGUACCAGCAUCAUUCCCAGCACCAUUCCGGGCAGCAAUCAACCGUGCCACUGCAACCGAUUGGCGGUACACCCGGAGGCUACGGUCAAGGGCAGGAUGCUGUCCACCAGCGGCAUCCGGCAGCUCAGCAUCACCAUCAACAACAACAACAACAACAAUCUUCCGAUCUUCAAUCUCGCAGUCAGCAUCCGACCCAUCGUACCGUGAAUGGUGGUGGUGUUGGUGGGCGAGUUAGUAUCGGAAGUGGUCUGUUUCCCGACGAGACAGUUGGCUUGUUUGAAUCGACCAUUAACAACACGAACACCAGCAGCAGUAGCAACAGCAGUAGCGGUAACAGUAGCAGCACGGCUACACUCGACAUCAACCUGAACAACAACAACAACAACAACACAUCCAACAGCAAUCCGACCGUCUAUAGCUCAAGCGUGACGAACUCGAGUACGACGCGCAAAUACGAAACCAACACCGGUGACAGCAUCACCUACAACAUCAACAACAUCAACACCAACAUUGUCAACAACAUUAGCGGUGGACCACAUCAUCAGCAAGCGCCGACCGUGGCCACGAUUACGAAUGGUGGCGCUACGGUUGACUUUCUCGGCGGCGCUCUAGCAACACCGCAGUACCAGGGUGGUGGUGGUGGUGGCGUUGGGACGACCACCGGUACCGGUCCCGCACUCGGUGCUAGUGGAUCGAGUAACGUUGUAGUUACUGGUGGUGGUGUGCAGGCCGUUAGCAAUCCAACGAUCAUCAACAUUAGCAAUAACAAUCACAACAUUAUGGCCCCACCAUAUCCGUACCAUGGUCCUCCCUCGUCUUAUCCAAGUGGCGCGAAGCCAACGUCAUCGACGACGGCUGCAAGCAAGUAUGGUGCGCCGGUGGUCGGUGGAACCGGGAGUACGCAGCAAGGUGGGCCAGCGGCCGGAUGGAAUGAAUACACGAGCCAUCACGAGGCCAGCGUUAUCGGGAACUUUGAGGCAAAGAACCCGAACAAAUAUCAUCACACGGCGAGCCGGAUGGGUACCAGUUACCAUCGCUACGCAACGGAGUAUGUGGCCGCUCAACAGAUGAGCCAAUCGGCACAUCACCAGCAGCACCAGAUGCAGCACCAGCAGCAACAGCAACAGCAGCAGCAGCAGCAGCAACAGCACCAGCAACAGCAAUCGAGUGGGCCACAUUACGGUGCACACGCAGGAGGCUACGGAUUGUAUCAUCCGGACGGUGUGCAGGCGACACCGAUCCACCAGCAACAGACGCAGCAGGCCGCUAGCGGAGCGCUACAUCCGGGCUACGAGCCGUAUCCGCAUAUCGUGCGGAACAAGUACCCAACGAGUGGUUCCCGAUCGACCACCAACACCGAUCUCAUGUACAACGAACGAUCUCAACGCUACCUGGCUGGUUAUCCUUCCAACGGAACCGCCUACCUUGCAUCAGGGGCUCCAGGGAGCAACUCCGCCGCUGCUGCUGCUGCCGUCGGAGGUGCUGCCGCAUCCUUCUAUCCCCAGAUGGUUCCGGGUGCAAAGGCCAUGCACCAGCCGGUCCCGGAGUAUUACGGGAGCGCGUACGUCAAGCAGCUCCACCAUGGACAUCACCCACCGAACCACACUCCGUACAUUCCACCGAACCGUAUGGCGUACGCGACGGCUGCUGUUCCGGGUCAAUCGGCCAACAGCUACUCCCAUCCUACGCAUCACUCAUCUCACCCACCAGCCCACCCUGGCCACAAGAGUGCCGCAGUGUUCGGUGUUGGUGGGUACGGAUACACCACCAACGGUGCCAGUUCCUAUGAUCCCGAUCCGUACCAUCAGCGAACGUUGGGACGGGUUCCGCUACCCCAUCCGUACGGUACGGUAAAUGAUCCGCUGCAUCAUGGAGCUGGUACCGCCGUAGGAUACGCUAGUGGACCACCAUCGGCCAACAGCUACCAUCAUCAGGCGUCAGCGAUGGGGCUGGGUGGUUACCCGAACCCGAAGCUAACGUUCAGUAAAAACCUAAACGACUUCUAUUCACCCAAUAUGGCAGCGGCCGGUAUGGUUGCGACGCAGCAGCACUACGCCUCGGGACAGCCCACGACGAUGCAACCGAACCCGGUACAUCACGGGGCACACUACGGUAUGAAGCACUACACCUCGCAAACGCAGCAUAUACCGCCCCAGAAACACACCCCACCAAGCGUUCCGACUUCGGCCAGUGGUGCGACGGUCAAACCAUCGUCGAGCUGCUUCUACGAUACACCGAACCCGGUGAUCGACGUUAACCAUCCGCUGAUCGAUCUGGAGGAGCAGAUCAACAGUGUGAAGAUCCUGAAGAAUCCACCGAUCAUGCCACCGGGCGCCGGGACCAGUGGUGGAUCGAUGUACGACUCGAACCAUCCACUGAACUACGACUGUCAGCAGAUGUACCUGAAGAAUCGGUAUCUGCACAGCAAACCGCCACCGAGCACGGCUGGGACGGUAGCGAAUGUGGCCGGGUACGGUUCGCCCAGCCAGUCGGCGAUGGCGCGCGGUAAUGUGCUUUACCAUCCGCAACACCAGCAUCUGCAGCAUUUGCACCCGGAAGCCGGACCGUACGGUGCGUACACCACGAUGGAGGAUCUUGGUUUGGGAUCGCGAAGCUUUGCGCUCGACGAUAGUCUGAAGGAUAAGAGCCUGCGGGACUAUCUGACCAGCUGGAGUGAGAUGGAAGAGGAUGAUGGAAGUGGCACGAAAGGCGGUGCGGCGAAGGAAGCGAACAACAAUGUGUCCUCGCAUGAGAACUUUGAAUCGUGCCACUAUCCCGGCGAUCCACAACCACCGGAAGUGACGCCUGUUUUGGACGAACAGAUGAACGAGUACGACACCAUCGAGGGCGGUACCGCUUCGAGUUCUCCGUUAGAAGCGGAGCAGCCGGAACCGUUGGAACCGCCAAAAGCUCAUCCAGUAGCAGCCCACACGGGUGUGAUUGUGGCGAACGUGCAGAACACGGGUGGCGGUGGUAAUCUGCCGGAUAUUUUGGUGGACAUUGAAAAACCGGCCAAACCGGGAACCGAGGAACCUGCGGUCAGCGAGAAGGAUGGAGAGAAGCUGUACAUCCUUGAGACGUACGACGUGCCCCAGUCGGAGCUGAACAAGUACAAACACCUGAGCAUCAUUAACGAGCUGCCGAAGAACGUGGUACCGAUUAAUGACAGUGCCGAUUCGCUCAAGUUCCUCGAGGAGAUCGAAUCGAACCGUGAGAAGUACUACCAAACCGAGCUUGAAUCGGAAGUGGUGUACGAGGAUCGGAAGGUUGAAGAACGGAUUAAGGAAGAGGAGGAGCGUAAAGAGGAAGCGAAAGUUGAAGCGCAUUUGCAAGCCAGCGAGCAAGAGUCUACGGUUAUAGUGGAACCAAAGCUCGAAGAAGAUGUUAAGACAGAGCCAAAGGUUGAGUCUGCCCCGGAUGCAGAGCCUUUUACCGAGGAAGAAGAAGAAGAAUCGAAACCAGAAGAAGACGUCAAGGAGAGCGAAAUGCCGGAGAAAUCUCCAAUCAACGCGAGCGAGCGGGAGAAUGAUGCUGUAGAUACCGAGCAACCAGUAGCGGAUCCAGAAGCUCCCGAAACACCCGAAGUAUGUGAACCACGAGAAGUGGUCGCCGAGAAACAACAGGAGCACACGGAGGAAGAUCCCUUCAAAGUACCCAGGUGUUUCCCGAAGUAUCGAAAACGGCGCUUCUACGAUUACGAUAUGCCCCGAUUCCCGAAGAAAGCCCGUCGAUCAAGCAUCGAAGAGUUUAUCAAUUGUGAUAUGACGAAAUUCAAAGUACAAACCGUCAGACGAAGCCCGAAAAGCUUGCAGAAUCUAUUGUUGGAUUCACUCAACUCGAAGCCGUUCCGUUACUGGGCGAAGCAGGAAUUAGCUCGGCGUCGGGAAGUGAAACAGCAAUGCGAACAACCGCAGCAACAGGAGGAACUGCAGCAACCGGAACCACAGCCACGCCAGCAGGAGCAGCAACCGGAACCACAGCCAAACCAGCAGGAGCAGCAACCGCAGGACACUCUGCUGGAUCUCUCUGCUAGCCCGGUUGCAAUGGAAUUGGAGGAAGACACUGUCGAUCAGCGAUUUGCCGCACAGCUAGUGUCAUCCACCGAGUUACCGAGUGUUCCUACGCUCCGCGAACUCUGCUACGAGCGAAUCGUAACAUCGAAUCUGUUCCUACAGCCCGACUCACUCAAAGAACUGUGCGAGAAGGCCAUCUGUGUGAACAAGCACCUUUACAUCAUCGAAGAGAUCAAGAAUGACCCACCGAGACUGCAGGAUCUGUGCAAGUCUGUGCUCAGCGAGACCAACAUCUUCAUCGACGUGACCGAUAACGAUGCUGUGUGCAUCGUCGAGAGUGACGUGGAUGGUUUGCAGUCAAUGGAUGGAACCUCCUCUGCCGAGUGUGGUGGUGGUCGAGUGUUUAUCGUCGAAGAGGAUCGUGGCUCGAUUGCGGACCUGCUGCGUAACAGUGUGCAGCUUCAGGAGGAAGAUUUGCUCGUGGUGCGCCAGGGGUCGGAAGAAGAGUGUGAAGAUCAUGAGAUCUUUCUUGCCAACCUGGGCCCAGAAGAACCUUCGCCGACAAGUGCCGUCAGCAGCGAGCGACAGGUCACGUCGGAUAGCGAGAACGAUAUCUAUCGGCGAGUGGAACAGGAGAUUGAGAAAAUGAUGCACACGAGCUCCUCGGAGGACGAGUGUGAGAUGCUAGUGCCGGAACCGGAAGUAGCUGUUGCCGAGACGGAGCUGUUUGAGUUUGAUGGCGAUACCGAGUGCAUUCAGUACGAAGAGAUCAUCCCGGUGGAUGAGGAACGUUCGCUGAAACAGCAAACAAUUCGAAUGCUGCGCGAGAAGCAUGCCCCAUAUAAUGCGGAUCGACGAAAGACCAGACUACGGUUGCUUCGUAAAUACAUUGUCCACCAACGAUACAUUCAGCUACACUCGAAAGCGGUCCCCAGAGAAAGUAUCUCUCUACGGGAGCUGAUGGAACGGAGAAGGACACUCGCUGCAUCUACGGUGGUGCUGGAGCCGGAGCAGGAGCUGGAGCCGGAGCCGGAGCCGGAGCUGGAGCCGGAGCCGGAGCCGGAGCAGGAGCAGGAGCCGGAGCCAAUCGAGCAACAGAACGAAGAUAGUAACUGUUCCACUAGCUCUAGUAGUAGCUUAUCUAGUAGUAGUAGCUCCUCCAGUAGCUCUACGAGCAGUUCAUCGUCCUCGAGUUCUUCUUCUUCUUCUUCCUCCUCCUCGUCGUCCUCGCAAUCGAGCCACAAAAGCUGUCCACCGGAAGUGGAGGAAACGAUCGUGCUGAUCGAGAGUGCAUCCGAAGAGGAACAGUUACCGGUGCGAGCUGCGAGUCCGAUCGAGACAAACAACAACAAAGUUCAGAUCCUCCUGCCAUCGUCGCCUCAUUGUGAAUCUCAAACCGAGCUCUUCAGCACAGAGCCAACAAAGUGCGUGGAGGUGAGAAGCCCUGUUCGCGCUACGCUAGUAGAUAGCAGUUACGGUUGUAGCACGAGCAGCAGCGCUAGCAACAGCCCAAGCAGUAGUAGCAGGAGCGGCAGCAGCAGCAGGGGAAGUGUAAGCCCUCCCACUAGUUCGCUGACUUCUCGCGGGACUCCAUCGACUGGUGAUCGUCUUCGAUCAGUGAUUGUGUCGCCUCGUCUUGGUGACAGCCAGAAGAAGAAAAAGAAGCUAUCGUUUGAGGAGAGUUUAAUGAGCAUCGAUCAGAUGUACCGCAAACCAUCCAGUCCCAAUGCCGUAACCGUCCGGGGAGCGGCCGCGUGCUCCAGUCCGUCUCUCGCUGCCUCGGCUCGACCCAAUGUGAUUGUCAAUGUAAACAACAAACGAGAAGUGGCGCGAAAAUUGAUCAUUCCUUCGUACAAGAUAUUCGAUCAACAAACCAGCAGCAGCAGCAACGGGAGUAGCAGCAGGAGCAGCAGGAGCAGCAGCAGCAGCAGUGGAGUAGACGAUCACCCUGAGAUGGAGGUGCAGCAUCUGAAUGGACAUCGUAAGUCGCAAUCGAUCGCGAUUACAACAUCUUCCGAUGCGCGGCAUCGGCUCGAGUCAAGGGGAAAAUCGUUGACACCUCCACGGCACAGAACAUCGAUCGGCAGCGUGUCACCACCAGCGUACAGUCGGUCCAAUUCCGAGCAAGAUCGGUCCUCCCAGCGGUCCACGCGGGGUUUGCGGGAGAAAUCACGCCAAGCCGCGCUCGUGCGUCGCCGUAGCUGUUGCUGUUCACCCCUCCGACGCUCAUCCCCGUUGACAUCACCACGAGGAAAUGGUACAACAGCAUCGCCGCCGGCAGCGGCCACAACAGCCACGCUUUUGCAGUUUAUGCAGCGGUCUUCGGUCGUCCCGUACGUGCGCCUCGAACGAAACGAUUACGUGGAAAAGCUGGCGGAAAAUUAUCAUCGUCAGCAGCAGCAGCGUAACCCAAGGCCGUCAUAGGUUCGUGACGCUCGUUCAAGAGCAAUUACCAGGUCGGCCAGAGGGGGAUCUAGCGGUGCGCAUCGUAAAGACCCGCGAUCGUCGAUCCCUAGCUUAUCCUUGUGAACCAUCCAAAAACGGGGUUUUAACGAAUGUUUGUAGAGUGUUUUUAGUUCUUUAGUUAUUCGGUAAAAAGAAAAGGUUUCUCUAAAGUUAGUUAGCGACAACGUAGGCGAAGGGCAGGCCACCAGAGUUAAGGAACGGCGGGUUCUCCACCGACCUGAUAACCGGCCCUCUUCCGCUCCACAACUUGAACUGGAGUGCAGCAGGUCCACGUGGUACCAGAGUGACGAUCGUUUACUCGGAAGGGAAGGGUCAUCCUGUUUUAUCUAUUAUCACGAGACCUCCGCAAAACAACGUACCGGCAUUUCGCUUCUUGGUUCUAUUGUUUCCCGGUUCUAUGAUCAUCCGUCUCAAAGGCACUAAAGCACCCCCCGGCAAAGUGCGUAGCUCGAAACAUCGAUUAAUCUCCUUCCCAUCAGGUGCCAUUUCCGUUGGCAAUCCAACCUCAGAUUCCUUAUUACGACCAAAGACCAACAGGGAUUAAGGGCCAAACAAACUACAAAAGGAGGUCACUUUUUCACCUUUUUGUGGUGAACUUCCCCUUCCUGGUGAGUUUUGGUGGGAUCGGAUGGUGGUGAGUUUUGGUGAGAUCGGAUGGUGGUGAGUUUGGAGCAUAAAGCCGUUUUUGAAAUGUUUCAUUUUCACCAAACUCACCAAUUUGAGGUGAAAAAGGUGCCACGUGCAUCCCGAGCCGACCUUGCACCCACAUUUUAAUGAUCUGGGCUAAAAGAAGGGAUCAUGCGCUUAGUUUCUACGAAAAAGGAUUUUCUUGAUAAGCUUGAUAAGCAGCAAACGAUUCCAGAACCAUGAAACCCAUUCCGUAUUUCCGGUGCUAUCGAGCAGCAUACCGCACCUCCGUGGAAACCUUCUCAUCAUCACGGGAUCAAGCGCUUUGGCGUACUGGAUCUUUCUUACAACCACUUCCUUGACCCGAGCUGGCGUUGUUACUGCAAGCCAAUGACCUACAGACGAUUGACCCGCCAGUCCUCUGGCUUCGCGGACCACUUAGUCCAGUCAAUACCAGAGUGCAGAGAACUAGGAUUGCGAGUUUUGCCACGAGAAACAACAAAGUACAAUGAAUUUAACAGAAACCAAUGGCGCAGACCCACAGAAAGAGGAACAGAGGAGCCUAGUAUCACUCAUCUAGUCAGGAAGCACUAUGUGGGCCGUUCAGGAGCGUUUAGAUGAGAGCGAGAGAGAGGGUGGAUUUUCGAUCUUUAGGUCUGCUGUCCGAGGACACAGGCUUGCAAAGCGGUUCAAGGGAUUAAUUAAGGAGCUAAUUAGGAAUGUUAAGUAUUACUUUAACCCACCAUAGUUGUAGGGUUAAAGCACCAGACCGGAUAGCGGCACGGGGGGCUUACGUGUUUGAGAAAAUCACGAAUAGUUUUAAAAAUGGUUUUACUACAUUAUUUUAUUCACGCAGAACGAUAUGAUUUCCAGGCAGAUUUUAGCAAAAGUCUUGUGCAAAUAUUGGUUAAGCUAUGUGUGUUAUCGCCGCAAAAAACGGAUAGAUUUCGAAUAGACGUUUAUCGUUUUAGCUUUUCGCGGCCUCCAAAUGCUACAGGAACCGAACUGCAAACUAUAACGUAAAUUAUUGAAGAAAACAUGUCAGUGCCUUCAGGUGUUAAUGGAGACGAGAGUAGAGAGCAAAAAGAAUGAAAUGCACUAUACGGCAGCCGACGUAGUGCGUAUAUUUCGAGCAGGAAAUCACUACAAAAAAAUCCCAUACCAAAUACAGCAGAUAAUCACACGCGAACCACGCGCGCGGUGGUAGGUUACUUUAUGCGCUAGGAGCUUGUCUGUAGGAGCAUAAACUUAAAUGUAGUUCUUAGUCACACACCGACACACACCCACAAACACUGUGCAACAAUAAAUAUAUGGGCAAAAGGGUAGCACGCACCGUGUCAGAGAGGCAGGUAUUUUACAGCAUUUUAUAAAAGACACUUUAAAUGUAAACCCUCGAUGGGCGGGUAGUAGUGGGAGCAACAGACAGUAGCACACAUCACAGCACGUCUGGCGUGGCGUUUGAGAGUGUCAUUGUGCACGAGUGUUUUAGCGGAUGUUUGGGAACAGAAAACGGAGUCUAUCGUUCUCGAUUCUCCCUCAGCGCAUCAACUAAACCCCCUCCCAACCCCGGUAGAGCAUAAUAGGGAGACUAUUAUCCUUUCAAGGAAAGUUAUUAAGCCGUAGUUCGUGAUGCGUGUUGUGAAAAGGGGAAACCGUUUGUGUUUUAUCGCGUUUUGCUAGCGUGGCCGAUUGUGUAAUUCGAUGUAAAGCGAACGAUUUGUGUGUUACAGGAAAAAACAAAUGGGAGUUAAUAAAGUGUAAGCUGUUUUUGAAUGUU